AUGUUUUCUGAUAAUUAUAAGUCAAAACGUAAACGACAAAAGCUAAUAGAAGAGCACAUGUGGUUUAUCGUCAACAUUAACGAAAGCAACAACAAACAAAAAACUUGUAUUGAAAAAGAUACACGGGCGACCGAAGCACAUGUUCCAUUGCGUGUUUUAGAAAUAGAUGAUAAGUUCAAUUUAUCAAAAGAACAGUACAUUGACUGGCUACGACCAGUUAAUAAAACUCUUGCGAAUAAUGCAUUGGCAACAUUCCGUGAUAAUAUUA